AUGGGAAACUUAAAUUGCAAAACCUGUGACUGUACACAUAUACUAGAAAAACAGCAAGAAGUAAACACCCAAAGUGUAAAUAAUAAAUAGGAUCUCACUUAUGAGCCUUCUUCUUCCUUGCCAUCUAUGAACUCUGAUAUAGUAAAAUCAGCUCCAAAACUAUCACUUUCCCCUAGCCUCGCCCAUCUCAAACCUGUUGUGCCUAAACUAGUCGCAGUCUGACGAGGCUACUCAGUCAGAAAACUUGUCCGGCACUUAAAACGCCAAAAUCAGCCAAAUCAUGCUUAUUUCUCCAAGCAGGAAAUAUUCGAAACUUUGAGCAAUAAAAUAGGUUUUUCCUCACGUAGACAAAAUAGAAAACCAUAUCGCUAUAAAUCAGGAGCAAUUUAUACAGGCCUUUGACUAGGAGGGUUUAGAGAUGGGUAUGGUACAAUGGAAUGGCCAGAUGGGGCGAAAUAUGAAGGAAACUGGUCAUAUUCAAAGCCAUCAGGCUUUGGAAAAUUCACACAUAUAGAUGGAGAUAUGUAUGAAGGAGAAUGGAAAAGGGUCCAUGUAGCUCCAAAAGAUACCUUUGGAAGCGGAGGGAAUUUAGCGAAGUGGAAAGACAUUAUCAGUGAUGGAUUCUGUAAGAUUUAUAUAGUAUGGCUUUGGCUUAAACAAGAAAUGCUUAAAAAUGAGCCUAACAAGUCAAGUGUGAAACCAUUAUCAGAAAACCAAGCCAAGCGGCAACCUCAGCAGCCUUCUUUACAAAUAAAAUCUUCCCAAACCUCCUCAACUGCUUCAGUCCCUAGCAAACUUGUACUGCAAAGCCACAACAGCCAGCCAAAUCAAGAAGAAAGCCCUCGUAGGACCACAAUAGAGCUUAGAGGUAUGGACUCUAUAAAUUCCCGAAUGUCUCAAAUUAACCAAGAAAUCCAAGCCAUCAAAGAAAAAAUUGACACAAUUUCUCUACCUUCUGCAGGACUCCUUGCAGGGGAAAGAACUUUUAUGCAAUACCGCUAUGAUAAUGGAACUAUAUAUCUAGGAGAAUGAAGAAAUAAUAUGAGAGACGGCAAGGGUAAACAAAUAUGGACAAGUGGAGAUUCAUAUGAAGGAGAAUGGCUUAAUGAGGCUCCUUGCCAAGUGACUGUGUGAGACAUUUCCUAGGGGAAAAUUCGUUCGAAGCAUUUUAUAUUUGACUGAAAAAACCGUUAAAUUCCUUAAAAAUUUUCGACCAACUUUUCUUCAAUGAAAAUGUGCACUAUUUAAAGCACACGAUCAUUGGACCCUUAAUGAUAAACAGCAUGGGAUAGGCAAAACAGCAUGGGCUUCAGGAAAUCAAUAUAUAGGGAAUUAUUUUCAAGACGAAAAACAAGGUGUGGGGGAAUAUACGUGGGAAGAUAAAAGUGUAUAUGUAGGAGAAUGGAAAAGAAAUAGGAUGUGUGGGGUAGGAAAACAUAAGUGGGCCAAUGGAAGAGAAUAUACAGGAGAAUGGCUUGAUGGGGUCAGACAUGGAUAUGGCUGCAUGAUAUAUAGAAAUGGAAGUAAAUAUGAAGGAGAGUUUAAGAAAGAUAAGCAGGAUGGAGCAGGGAUACUAAGAGAGGCUGAUGGAAGAGUUAUGAGAGGAGUGUGGAAAGAUGGGAAAUUUGUUAAGCCUGCUGAAUAA